CGCCUAAAAAUAAAAAGCUACAAAAGAGAAUGAUAGAGAAGGGAGGGGGGUUGAUAUCAUCCGUGAAAGGAUAACAAUCUGUCACAGUUGCAGGUCUCCCACCAAGUUGUCAAAAGCAAAAAAAAAAAAAAAAAGAAAACUAACUACUCCUGUGUAUCUUCCUAGUUUCUUUGAAUAAGAAACAUUUUUUUUCUCUAAAAGCUAGAACCAAAUAUAGGAAAUGGGAAUUAAAAGAUGGGUUUUAGUUUAACUCUUCCUCAAGUACUCUCUCUUUACACCCAAAAAAGACGGUAUCUUUUUCUCAGCCUUUUGUUUAACCUCAUCUCUCUCUUUCUUUCUUUUUUGCCCUAGUCAUUGGGGGAGUUGCAGAGAUUUUGAGUCAGACAAAAGAACUAGCUUUCCUCUCUAUGUUGUGAAGGGGAAUUGGUAAAAAUUAAAAUCAUAAACUCCAUAGAUAGAUCAUAUUCAGACAGGCGGGCAUAGAGGAGUGAAUGCGCAGAUGAUCAUGAAGCACGUGCACACUCAGAUAACCAUCACACCAGGAUCUACUUGAUCAUCCGAAGACAAUCGAUAUUUCAUUUAUCCCUGCUGCUACUCUUUUAAAGUAUCCCUCUCCAAUUUCCUCCUACGAUUCAUCAACCAAUAGCAAAACGUUGAUUCAAGGACUUAGGAUUCAUUGUGAAGAAUAAGCUAAAAAUUGAAGUGAAAGCAAAGAAAACAACAUUACAUUUUUGCAAACUCGUAGAAAGAAACAACAUCUGAUGGCGACGUACUUUCAUGGGAACCCUGAAAUCCAAGCAGCUGAUGGUCUCCAAACCCUCGUACUUAUGAACCCUGCCUAUGUUCAGUACUUAGAUACCCCUCCUCCGCCAGAAAGCAACCUAGUUUUCCUCAACUCCAACUCCCUCUCUCCUUACGCUCCAUCGCCCCACACUCAGCAAUUCGUCGGCAUCCCCCUCCCUGCCACCUCCGGGGCCGACCAAGACCCAAUUUCGCACGACAUCUCCCCCUUGCAUGGCCUCGUUCAGCGCGUCCAUUACAACUUGUACAACCCUAUUAACCCUUCUGGGGAGACGCGUGAAAGUCCACGCGCUCAACAGGGACUCUCUUUGAGCCUUUCUUCCCAACAGCAGCCAGUUUAUGGAUCACGGGGUGAAGUAGUUUCAGGAGAGGACAUGCGGGUUUCAGGACGGUCGGCUUCAUCGGGUUCAGGGGUGAUCAAUGGAGUGUCAGGUAUACAAAGUGUGUUGUUGAGUUCUAAAUACUUGAAGGCUGCUCAAGAGCUUCUUGAUGAGGUUGUUAAUGUUAACAAUACUGGGAUUACGAAGAGUGAAUUGGAUAAAAAGGGUAGUGGAAAUAAUAGCAAUAGCAGUAAGGCUGUUAGAGAGUCGUCAGCGGUGGCGGGAGAUGGUUCUGGUGGUGAGGAGGCAGGUGGCAAGCGCGAUGCCGAGUUGACCACAGCAGAGAGACAGGAAAUUCAGAUGAAGAAAGCAAAGCUAAUGACCAUGCUUGAUAAGGUGGAUCAAAUGUACAGGCAAUACCAUCACGAGAUGCAGAUUGUAAUUUCUACAUUUGAGAAAGCUGCUGGAACUGGCUCUGCUAAAAUAUAUACAGCUCUUGCAUUAAAGACCAUCUCAAAGCAGUUUCGGUGUUUGAAAGAUGCAAUAACCGGUCAAAUUCGAGCUGCAAACAAAAAUUUGGGUGAAGAAGAUUGCCUAGGAGGGAAGAUUGAAGGGUCGAGACUUAAGUUUGUCGAUCAUCACCUUCGACAACAAAGAGCACUUCAGCAGUUGGGAAUGAUCCAGCACAAUGCUUGGAGACCCCAAAGAGGAUUACCAGAAAGAUCAGUUUCUGUUCUUCGAGCUUGGCUCUUUGAACAUUUUCUCCACCCCUAUCCUAAAGAUUCAGACAAGCACAUUCUUGCCAAACAAGCAGGGCUUACUAGGAGCCAGGUGUCUAAUUGGUUCAUAAAUGCUCGAGUCCGGCUUUGGAAGCCAAUGGUGGAAGAAAUGUACUUGGAGGAAAUCAAGGAGCAAGAAGAGCAUGGUUCUGAGGACAAAACAAGCAAGAACCAGAAUAAUGAAGAUUCAGCAUCCAAAUCCACUGCUCCAGAGAAAAGUCCUGCAGAAAACCAGGCGAAAAGUUUCAGUUCCAAACAGGACAAUUCCACAAACCAGAAUGCUUCCUCAAUGCCAACGUCUCCCCUUGCAGGAAAUAUCCGUAACCAGUCAGGAUUCUCCCUCAUUGGGUCAUCCGAAUUGGAAGGGAUCACCCAAGGAAGUCCAAAGAAACCAAGGAGCAUUGAACUGUUGCAGUCCCCAACUAGUGUUCCAUCAAUAAACAUGGAUAUCAAGCGAAGUGAGGCAAGCAAUGAGGUUUCUAUGAAGUUUGGGAAAGAUGGCUAUUCAUUCAUGGGAGGUUUUGGGCAAUGUCCUAUCGGAGAAAUUGGAAGGUUUGAUGCAGAACAGUUCGCUCCAAGGUUUUCAGGUAAUAGUGUUUCCCUCACUCUUGGUCUUCCCCACUGUGAAAACCUUUCCUUGUGUGGAACUCAUCGAACUUUUCUCCCAAACCAAAGCAUGCAAAUGGGGAGAAGGCUGGACGUUGGUGAACCAAAUGAGUUUGGUGAUAUAAGCCCUUCCACACCUCACUCUUCGGCUGCCUAUGAGAACAUCAACAUUCAGAACAGAAAAAGGUUUGGGGCGCAAUUGUUACCAGACUUUGUUGCCUGAUGAAUAUAUGAUUUGAGGAUUCAAGAAACCUAUAGGGAAUGGUUUCAGGGAUUCUCAUUCAUUGUUUCUUGCUGUCCUCUUCAUUUUCUCUCCCAUAAGUAACAAGUAUAAUGCACGGUAUAUUGUAAAGAAAGAAGAAAAUUCACCUACUAUAGGUUUUAUACUUACUUUAGGAUUUCAGCAUAUAUUUGAGCAUUGUGUAUUAGUUGUGUAAGUUUUGGGAAUUGGAUGGAUUGAUAUCAUAAAAUUAGUUGCUUGAGUUACCAAAUUUUAGUCAAUUUGGGUUUGCAUGUAGUAUUUUAUCAAAUGGAUGAGGAACAAUUUACUAAUUUAGUCCUAUGCUGAUGUUAAACCGAUCACAAAGAACACAGAUAAGAUUGGGUUAAAAGUAGCCUUUUUCUUUUUUGGAGUAAUUAGUGGUUUCUUUGUUUAAACUAUCUGCUGAGCACAGCAUCUUAGAAUCAGACUUCGCAGCAACUGAAUUCUUUGGAGCAAAACUGCUACCAUGAACAUUCUUGAUGAAGUGCUCAAUCUUUACUGUGAUCUUAUGAGAAAGAGGAUCUGCAAUUUCUA